AUGACGUCAUCGCGGCGGGACGCUCGCGAGCGUCGCACGUGGAGGGAGGCUGCGGCGGUGGUCGCUGCGAUGCGGCCGGACGAGGAGGCGGGCAGGGCCGAGCCUGAGCCGGCCGCGGAGCUUUUGCCGCCCGGGAACGGAGGAGGAGCUCCUGCCUUGGCGGUUCCCCGGCCCGAGGAGCCUCGGGGGGCUGCUGGGGGGAAGAAGCGGAAGGGAGCGGCCGCCAUCGUCCCUAAAGGGAAGCCUAAAUCAGGACGGGUGUGGAAAGACCCCGGCAAGAAGCGAUUUUCUCAUAUGAUUCAGGACAAGCCUUUGCAUACCUCUUGGGAACGCAAGAUGAAGGAACGUCAAGAGAAAAAGGCGGUCAGAGAUUUUGCCCGGCAGCUGGAGGAAGAAAAACAGAGAGAGCGUGAGAAGAAAAAACAGCGACGAGAAGAGAACUUAAAACGACGGUUGGAAAAUGAGAGGAAAGCGGAGAUUGUGCAAGUGAUUCGGAAUCCACUGAAACUGAAGCGUGCAAAGAAGAAGCAGUUGCGCCGCAUUGAGAAGCGAGACACGCUGGUUCUGUUGCAGAAACGCCAGGCACAGCGCAAAGCAGCCAAGGAAUGA